ACCAUUCGUCGCGAAAUGCGCUCAACGAGAGUGCAAUGCACUGUCCAAUGUGCAAGCUGAUCCUUGAGGCUAUUCCCGUACCCGAGGGGGACGAACCGUUCACCCUGACCCUCAAAUGGUUCAAGGAGAUUCCAUUCGUCCUUCAUAUUUCCGAUUCAACAAGAUACUACUACCUAGGUGUCUACACUCCAGAACAGAAUGCUAUCUCUUCGCAUGGUGUCCGAGUUCGGCUUAAUCAAGAGCCGAGCAUCUGGACUUCAAAAUCGCAUAUGAUUGCUUCUACAUGGAUCAAGCAAUGCAUUGAUCUUCACCACUGUGGACGGCAGAUCUACGACACUUUGCCAGAAACCGGAAGCGCUUCGGAAUCCGUGAUACCGCAAAUCUUGCCAGCGCGACUCAUUGGCCUUUUUCAAAAAGGAGAUGACGAAACGUCAUGGGACAUGAGGUUAGUUCCGGUCGAAGAAUACGUUCCCUAUGUUGCUUUAAGCUACUGUUGGGGGCACGUUGGACAGCCAGAAUACAUCACAACCACCGAAAAUCUGCAGUCUCGAUACUCUAAUAUAGAACUCCCGGAGGAGCCCCCGCAAACUUUGAUAGACGCGAUAUAUAUGGUAAUUACCCUCGACAUGCCAGAUAUUGUAGGGUUCCUAGCCGAAAAGGGAGUCCGGUACCUCUGGAUCGACGCUAUAUGCAUAGUCCAGGAUGACCCAGUCGACUGGCAACGGGAAGCAGCGAAGAUGGGAGCGAUCUACAGCAACGCAAGCUUUACCAUUGCAGUUGACAACAACGAUCCCAUUGAGAUCACUACAACGCUUCAGGAUGGACAGCGAUACACGCUCUGCUUCUAUAAGCUACUCUCUGUUCUUCCAGGGACACUAUGGUCUCCACCGACCCUUGAUGCAUCAACACUGUCAAAAAGAGCGUGGUGUUUUCAAGAGCGAAUCCUUUCACCACGGAUCCUUCACUGCACCGCCGAGGGGCUUAUCUGGGAAUGCAGAGAGGAAUACCGAUUUGAAAACAACGUGGCAUCCACCCUCACCGACUUGAACAAUGUCACUCUCGCAGGUACUAUUCGUAUUCUUCGAGAGGGCCUUCCGAAGAAACUCUGGGGACUCAAAGUCGGAGAAGCAAAAGACCCAUUACUACAUCCCGAAUAUACGAGAAAUACAAGUUACGGUAACAUGCCCGACCAACUCAACGCCGUUAUGGUACUUCGAGGAGGCGCCCGCUCUGCAACCGCAGGGUCAUUUGGCGAACGACGAACUGGAGAGCAAUGGGAAAUUGUUUCUUGGUGGAACAAGAACAUUGUCACUCCAUAUUCUGCCAGGCACCUCACACGCUUUACCGACAGACUCCCCGCUCUUGCUGGUGUCGCACGAAUGUUUGCCGAACACAUCAACUCACCGUACAUUGCGGGGAUCUGGCUAGCCGAAAUCGAAGAUAACCUGGACUGGAGACGAGCGGGAGUGCCUUUCCACAACGAACCGCUUCCCUUUCCAUCUUUCUCUUGGAUUGCGCAUCCUGGUCCUGUGGAGUGGCCAUGCAUAGGCCAUAUGCGGCCUUAUGGCAAGUCGUUCGAGCUUGAAGUACAUGCCGAAAAGUGUGAAGGCAUUGAUGAGUUUGACAAAAUAAAGUCUGCACACCUGGAGCUUACAGGGUUUGCGGACAAAGGAUUUUGUCGCUUCCAAAGCCCUCCGAAAGGAUCUCCGGAGUAUAUACACGGUGAAUUGCUUGACAAAGACGGAACUGCGGUUGGAGAAGUCGAGAUGGAUCUUCAAACCUAUGAUGAAAUUUGGUGUUUCUGCAUGUAUGAGAACUCUAUCGGCUUUUUGAGAGUCUUGCUUUUAGUUGAAGUUGGGGAAGAGGAUGCGAACUGUGUGUCGCGGGUUGGUGUGGGCCAGAUUCAUCCGGCACACGCGGAGAAGUGGCUGGCGGAAAGCACGUUUGUCAAGGUAGACCUUUUGUAG